GUAAAAGAAAUGGCGGAGAAACGAGGCUUCUUUGUUAUUAUAAAAUUUGUGUUCUAUUUAUAAUACAUUUUGUCGAGAAGAGUUUCGGGUCGUUCACGAUAAAUCAAAUGUCUGUAGUGAUGCAGAUAUUGCUUCGUAGUCAGAUCGAACAAAUAACAUUUAGGAAUUAAAUAUGCAAAAUUACGCUUCACUGCAUGAUGCUGACCAGGAGGAAAGUGGUGUAUUGUUCCAUGUUGCUGAGCCAUCUAGAGCUAGAUGGAAUCACAUAGAGGAUUUAGAUUCGUUUUUCACAAGACUCUACAAAUACCAUCAAAGACAUGGAUUCAAGUGCAUGCUGGUAGCAGAAAUUCUGGAAUUAGUUCAGUUUGUAUUCAUUUGCGGAUUUACGACAUUCCUUAUCCAUUGCGUUGAUUAUCCUGUACUUUUUAAAGAAAAACCACCGCCAAGUGGAAAUUCAACAAAGAUUGCUAUAAGCGACAUAAUACUUUCGCCACAAGAAUGCAGUAAUGAUUUUGGUCUGACCACAUAUAUUGGAAUUAUUAUUGGGGUCGUAGUAUGGGCAUGGCGUUUAGUAUGCCGUGUUUAUCAUUUGGUGCAUUUCUGGGAUGUAAAGCAGUUCUACAAUUGUGCCUUGGAUAUAUCAGAUGAUGACUUGGAUAAUAUGACUUGGCAUGAAGUUCAAACUAGGAUAAGAGCUGUGCAAUUGGAACAGCAGAUGUGUAUCCAUAAAAAGGAGUUAACUGAACUAGAUAUUUACCAUAGAAUUUUAAGGCAGAAAAAUUAUUUGAUAGCUAUGACAAAUAAGAAAUUGAUACCGCCAAGGGUUAAUGUACCUAUAAUUGGCGAAGUUGUUUAUUGGAGUUUAGGAUUAAGAUACAACAUAAAUUUAUUGUUAUUCUGCGGUCCUUGGGCACCCUUUGAAAAUUCCUUUCAUCUUAAGGAGGAAUAUAGAAAGCCUGCUGCUAGACAUGAAUUGGCAAGAAAACUUUCACGUUAUAUCUACUGGUUUGCAAUAGUAAAUAUAAUAUUCUCGCCUUUAGUGUUGGCUUGGCAAAUCUUGUACGCGUUUUUCAGUUACGCUGACCUUAUGAGACGAGAACCUGGCAGCUUGGGAGUUAGAUCUUGGAGUUUGUAUGGUCGUAUGUACUUGAGACAUUUCAAUGAGUUAGAUCAUGAAUUGCAAGCUAGAUUAAGUAGAGCUAACCGACCUGCAACUAAAUACUUAUCAUCAUUCAGCUCACCACUAGCCACAAUAAUAGCACGACCUAUAGUAUUAAUGGCGGGAUCUAUUAUAGCUGUGUUAAUUGGACUUACUGUAUAUGAUGAAGAUGUAUUAUAUGUUGAACAUAUAAUUACAGGAAUUACAUUGUUGGGAGCUUUAGUUGCUGCUUUCAGGGCUCUAAUACCUGAUGAAACAGCUGCUUAUUGCCCAGAGGCUUUGCUAUCUAAUGUUUUAGCGCACACACAUUAUUUGCCAAGUAAUUGGAAGGGUCAAGCUCAUACUUCCGGAGUAAGAAGGCAAUUUCAGCAACUGUUUCAAUAUAGGAUUGCGGGUGUCUUAGAAGAAUUGGUUUCCCCGCUAAUGACCCCUUACAUUUUGUGGAAACACAUUUACCCAAAGUCAUUGGAUAUAGUAGAUUUCUUCAGAAACUUUACAGUAUCUGUGGUGGGAGUUGGAGAUGUAUGCAGCUUUGCUCAGAUGGACGUUAAGAAGCACGGAAAUCCAGAAUGGCAUGAAGUUGAUAAUACCAAGAUACCAGAUCAAUAUACCCAAGCUGAAGAUGGAAAAACUGAAUUAUCUCUUAUACAUUUCACUCUUACAAAUCCAAGCUGGCGCCCACCACCUGAAGACCAACAGUUUGUGGAAGAGGUUCAAACAUCAAAAAGCAUGAAUCAACCGCAAUCAAGUGUGAAUUAUUUAGGAGAUUUAUUUGAUAGUUCAAUUAGAACUGGUGCUGCGAGGGCUGAAGGGCCGCUUACUUCAGGUCCGAGCGAUAUGAGCUUGAGCACAAUCUAUUUGCAUGACCUACAUCACAGACAAGUAGGCUUCAGACAGCAGCAGCCUCAUGCAAUUGAAACCACGCCAUUAUUGUCAACUCUCAGUCAGUAAUCUAGUCUUAAGUCACAAAAUUGUAUAUUUAUCUAA